CCCUGGUCUUAUUAUGGAUAGCUAGAUUCAUACUAGGCUCAGCAGAUUUAAAAGCCCAGACCUCCGAUCUCACAGGGUCCACCUGGAACACUCCCCUUCAUCCUCCAUCUCACCUGCAAAAUGACCUACCUCACACCGUGGCACCCAGUUUACAACGUUCCCAUCGUGGGCGGAAUGUUCCAAAAUCCCACAACCGGUAGCAUCCAUGCAGUCACGAACCACCUUUCGAUCUCUGGGCCCCCAUCUGUCUUUGUCGCGGUUGCGGACCAUGUGCGAGACAAGGCGUAUACCAUCAAAAGCAUUAACGCCAGCCCGUACGACUUGACGGUGGUCUGCUGGAGUGAUCUGACGCAGGAGGCGAUGUCUGAGUUGGUGUUUCAGAUGAAGGCUGACCUGGGGAAGGACGUGCAUAUGUCUCCGGAGGAGGUGGCAGAUUUUGAGACUUUUGUGGAGGAGGAGCGAAAGAAGGAGAAUCCGAGAUUUUGA